AUGGAGGAUCUUCCUUUGAAGAAGAGAAGACGUGUUCAGGAUCUGCAAGUUCUUCAAGAUCCCGAGCCUGCUGGACAUAACGACGAAAAUGCAGUGGUUCUAGAUGGCGGCGCCGACGACGAUGCGGUGGUUCAAGAUGGCGGCGACGAAAAUGCGGUGGUUCUAGAUGGCGGCGACAAUGUGGUGGAUCUAGAAGAUGCAGAGGUCAAUGCGGCGGAGGUGCAAAAUCUAGCUGUGGAUCCUCUCAUUCCUUGUAAGCUCAGAUCUGUAAGGCGUUAUCUACAAACCUGUGCUCUUCUGGGAUGUCAGCUUCGAAUCUCUCCGAAUUCUGCACAUUGUUGUCCGGGGCAUGCAGAUCUAGCGGCACUGUUUUCACAAAUGAUAAGUUCUUUCCACUGUUUUGAUCGCUUUGUUGAUCGUAACACUACCUGUGCCAUAUGUCUCCUCAACAUAUGUAGAGGUGCUGCAACUGGUGUGCCAGACCUAGAAGCUGUUGAAAACGUGUUCACCACACUGCCAUGGAAUCUACCUAUAAUUCCUGAGAACUCUCAAGAAUGGCUAUUCAUCAAAAGCCCUCCAGCAAGGUAUCAAACGAUGAAGGAUGCUGCUGGUGUCAGUACUGGUAUCAAAUGGAAGAUCGAUCCCAGGCAAAGUCUACACAUAGAGGAGCUUGAGCACCCACCAAUCUUCCUAACCUAUUUCAGGUUGCUUGGUGUUGAUGAUGAUGAUGAUGAAUGGCGACUUAGACUCUACCAAUGCCAAGGUCGAUCUCUCUAUUGCCUUACACGUGGCCAAGAAGCAGCAGCUCCAGAACCGAAGGUUAAAACUAACAGAAGCAACAAAAAUCCACCUAAAGACAGCAAUACUCCCUCCUCAAGCUCUGGUAUUGUGGGUAAAAAGAGUGGGAAGAACAUCUGUAGCUCCAUUGCAACCUCAAGCUCUAUUGUGGUUAAAAAGAGUGGGAAGAACAUCUGUACAUCCAUUGCAACCGGUCACUUGGGAGGUCAGGGCUUUGUUGUAGGGAACAGGGUCAUAGAUUACUUCAGCAAGUUGACUAAGAAGAAGCACCAAAAGGACAUCGGCAAGGACAACAAGGCUCUUGGUCAGGACACUAAGCAGAAGCACCAAAAGGACAGCGGCAAGGACAAGAAGGCUCUUGGUAAGCUCGGAAGGAAAACUUUGGAGAGUUUACUCAAGGAAGAAGAAGGAAUCGAACGGAGGUUUGGAGGCAACGUCUGA